CCAAGGAGGCGACAGCAACGACAGGCAGAGGACGGAUAGGAAAAGCUUCUGCUCGCUCGCUGCACCGGCUUCAUUUGAGAGGCUUUUCCCUGUAGCGUGGUUUAUCCACCUCAAAUCAUUCCUGGGGAAAAGGCUGCACUUGGGAUUGGACUCUCCUACCACCGGGCGGCGCUAUUGGGACCAAUGUCACGGCCUUGGAUCUUUUGAUCUCCAAACUCACCUUAAAAGCAAACAGCUCCAAGAUGGAUAUCGUUACGUAGCCCCAGAGUGGGAGGGACUGCCCAUCUUCCAGCUUUUCCAUUGGUUUCACAGUCUGCUCGGCGGAGAGGGGGUGCCUCUAAUCAUAUCCAGCAUGUUUUGCACAAGAAAUGUCAGCCAGAAAGGGCUACCUUCUCUCUUCGCCAAAAUACACCACAAUAAUGUCAUGUUCGGACAGCCCGUCAGGAAAUGCGUUUCUAGUGGAUUCUCUGAUCAGUGGCCGCAACGAGAGCGGCGGAGGUCACUACACCGGGAGCGCCCUGUGCGUGCCUCACAGCACUGCUACAGAAGUGCCUUACGGACUACACAACUAUGGAUACUUCCCAGGUAUGGGUAAGCGGAGCGAGGUGGGUCCACAAAACGUGGUUUCCGCCUCGGGCGCCUACAUGUCCACCAUGGAAAUGUGGAUGGACGCACAGAGGUCAUGUCGGAUGGACCAAGAUCACCCGGUAGGUCCUCAGGUCGCGCCCUGCUCGUUCCCGCAAAAUAUAAAGGAAGAAAGCACCUACUGCCUGUACGAGCAGGCGAAGUGCCCUAAAGCCUCCACCGCUGAAGAUCUCACAUAUUCAAGGUUAACUGUAGCCGGCCAAGGGUCGAGUUCUUGUACAGUUACCGAUGGCGGCGGCGGGGGCUCAGUGCCUGUGCCGGGCUACUUCCGCUUGUCUCAGACGCACGCACAUUCUCAUAAACUUUACAACUCCAGCGGCCCCCAGUCGAACCCUUCCCAUUCCCAUUUUGGCCUACACCCCACUGCUCCAGCUCGCUUCCACACGCCUCCAACCUCGACUUCUGCUCCAGCCACGGCACACGAGGGGAGGAACACCGAGGGGCCCGUGUCCUCGGGAAACGCAGACCUGCAGCCUCACGCUGCGACGGGGACCGAGGAGGCACGCGACUCCUCGGAUGGAGACGCCUCGUCAGCUGAAGAAACAGAGGAGAACGACAAAGAGAGAGCAGCACAGUCUAAUAAAGGAGACACAAAAAGUGAAAACACGGCCAACUGGCUGACAGCAAAAAGCGGCCGUAAGAAACGUUGUCCAUACACCAAGCACCAGACACUAGAGCUGGAGAAGGAGUUCCUCUUCAACAUGUACCUGACCCGAGAGCGCCGCCUAGAGAUCAGUAAAAGCGUCCACCUGACGGACAGACAGGUCAAAAUCUGGUUCCAGAACCGCAGGAUGAAGCUGAAGAAAAUGACGAGGGAAAACAGGAUCCGGGAACUCACCUCCAACUAUGGAUUUUCGUGAUGAACGAGGGAAUCACGAUGAAACACGAGAAGUAAAAUAAAAUUUAAAAACAAGAUAUAUAGGUAAAAUAAAUUACAUCCGCCACCCCACACCUCCUUGUUCACACAAAGACUCGUUCCACCGUGGGGUGCAGCGUCCUUUAAUUUCCAAACACGCUCAAUGUCAAUGAAACGUCCUCUGUGAGCUACUGAGAAAAAGAAAAAAAGGAUCAUCUGAAUGUUUUUGACUCUGUUUUUACCCCUGAUUGUGUUUUUCUUUUUAUAUUUUCUUUUUGUAUUGUUGAUCCGUCACCUUCGUCUUAUGUUUGGGUAGUGUCGUCAGUGCAGUUAAAUCAGUGCAGUGAACACCCAACACACACACACACACACACACACACACACACACACACACACACACACACGCACUCACACAUGCACACACACAUAGACCUGCGCCCUGGAAAGUGACGGGGCAAAUCAUCUUUUUCAUCUAAAUUUGUAGAAAUAAUUUUGAAAAAAUAUUAAAUUUCAAACUGCAUGAUAAGAAGUUUUUAUUUUUUAUUUUUUUAUUUUUUCGAAGCAAAUUUAAACCAAUCUGGAAUAUAAUGCCCUUAUAUAACCAGGGAGAAAUGAAAAAAAAAAUCCUUCACCCUGUGACCAUUAAAUGUAGUACUAUAAGUCUAAAAACUAUGUAUGAGCUGAAUGUAUAAAUUGGAACUCCGUUCGCGUUGAGGGCGUUUACACGAAAACAGUGUGCAAAGUGAAGGAGGAAUGUUCCUUUUUGUAUAUUUCUGUGUACAUAUGACAUUGUGUCUCUUUGUGUAAUGCUUAAUAAAUUAUCAGCUCGCACUGAA